AUGGAUCAGGACUUGAACCAAGUGGUUCAGGCGAUCGCCAUCGCAUCCGACCCGACUCGAGGAGCGCUACACCAACAGGCUCUUGAGUAUCUAUCCACUAUUCAACAAAAUGCCUCCAAUAUGUGGCGACUUGCACUUGCACUCUUUGUAGACACCAGCUCAAAUGGCGCGCGAAAAUAUCCGACACAGGCACGUUUCUUUGCACUUCGGGUGUUGGAGGAGUUCUUGGACAACCGAUUUGACCCUUUAGACGAAGAUUCUUUUCAAACAUUACGACAAGCCUUAAUGACCUAUGUACAAUCCGAGUAUCUAUAUGGUACUGCGGAGUCCAAUGCACCAUUUCUACGCAACAAGUUCGCCCACACAUUGACGCUUUUCUUUCUGUGCACAUACAUCGAUCAAUGGCCGAGCUUCUUUUCCGACAUUUUUGCUCUAAUUCAUCCUGCGGAGUCAACUUCACAAUCAACUUAUAAUCAUCAUAUUUCGUUGUUAUUUUUCCACAUCGUCUUGGAAAUCUCCGGUGAAGUUGCUGACCAACUCAUCAAGUCUGCAAGACAAUUCAGCCCAGCUCGACAAAAUCGGGAUACCAGGGUGCGAGAUGCAGUGCGGGAACGAGAUGCAGCGCGGAUCAAUGAAGCAGUGCUCACCAUUGCCGGUGACGGCGUUGAAAGGAUGUCUCGGCUGCGAAAGGGUGAAAUCACUUCCCCUUCUGAAUUAGAUGCUGCGGUCGAAGUCGUGGACUGGGGCAUCAGGACAUUCGCAUCCUAUGCCGGCUGGAUCGACAUAAACCUGACGGUUACACCGACAACGAUCCAACUUCUGUUCACUCUCUUGUCUGAUUCUUCUUUGGCAAUUCGGUUGGCAACAUCUGCAGCACUCACAAAAAUUGUAGCGAAGGGUCUCAAGGAACCAGGAGAUAAACUGCAAUUAAUCAAGGUCCUAUCUCUAGGACAGGUACUUGAUGCACUUGAAGCAAAAACGAGAGUUGAGCAAGGUGCACGUGGGUCAGACGUUGAUGAGGGCGAAGAAUCGUACCGUGAAGCCCUCGGAAGAUUACUCAAUAUGCUUGGUCUUGAGCUGUGCAAGCUCAUCGACGAAUGUCCCAUCGGCGAUGUGCGCUCAGAGGCGAAUGAAUUACUGCAGCAAGUUCUGCCUGUGAUGCUGCGAUUUAUGGCUGACGAAUACGAUGAUACAUGCUCCACAAUCUUUCCUCUACUGCAAGCUAUCCUCUCAAGCUUCAAGCGUUCGAGAAAAACCUCUUCGGAGCCACUGGACGAGUCAAAACGCUAUUUCCUCACAUCUUUGCUUAGAGUCAUCCUAGAAAAAUUGAAGUGGGACGAAGAGUCAGAUCCAGAAGACAUGGACGAGGAUGACAAGACUGCCUUCGAACAAUUGCGUAAGGAGUUACGGAUUUUCAUGGACGCGACGCUAGUCAUCGAGCAGACCUUGGUCACAGACGCUCUGCGAACAUUAGUACUCAAUACUCUAACGACGUAUCGUAGUGGCACCCCUAUCAAAUGGAACGACGCUGAGUUGGCGGUGUACCUAGUGUACAGCUUCGGAGAAAUCAAUAAAAGUGGAACAAAAGGACGUGCAGCAUUUUGCCAUGCUCAUGCCGUCGACAGAGAUAAACGAAAGGAGACGGACUAUUCGGAGUUCCCGCUCACUACUCAUGGCGAAAUGUUAUAUGCGCUGGUGCAGUCUGGUAUCUCCGCAUAUCCACAUAAAACUGUCGUCAUGCAGUUCUUCGAAACUGCCGCACGCUAUGGUGACUUCUUUAAAGUUCGUAAGGAUUGUAUCAUGCCCACGCUUCAACCUAUGAUGGAUGCUCGUGGACUCCACAACUCGGAAAUUGGGCUUCGUUCACGCGUCUUCUACCUUUUCCAUCGUUUCAUCAAAGAGGACCGCAAUGAGAUCUCUGUAGAGCUCGCACUGUCACUGCUAGAGGGUAUGCGGGAUCUAUUGUCAAUCCAGAUCGUACUUCCAGAGCUCGAGAACCCAGAACAAGACAUCCUUACAGAAGCGAUCAAUAAUCCUGGGAUCUUCGAUUCACAGCUAUACCUCUUCGAGACCGCCGGGACACUUGUGUCUCUGUUGUACAAAACGCCUGAACAAGCUGCAGCCCUUCUAUUAUCGGUAGUCAAGCCUCUGCUUGACGAUUUGUCCAUUAAUCUGCGAGCCGUCAAGGGGAUGGAGGAUGUAGUGCCCAUACUUAAGGUUCAUCAUGUCAUCAUGGCAUUGGGUAACGUUGCCAAAGGAUUUCCAGAUUAUCCUUCGCCUGUCCCGGAAGGAUAUGUCAUGCCCCCUCUAGAGGUCUUCAAUCAGGUUGCAGAGGCAAUUUUGGUAUCCUUAGAAGCGAUGAACGUAUUCAAGGUUGUGCGGGAUGCGACCCGAUUUGCCUUCGCUCGUAUUCUCGCAACAACGGGCCCGAAUGUGACGCGUUUGAUUCCUUCAUUAAUGGCUAAUCUGUUAGCCCACUUUGAGCCGUCGGAAUUGAUUGACUUCAUGAAUUUCAUUGGCCUCUUGAUACACAAGUUGCAGAGGGAUAUGUCCGAUGUACUAGAUCAGCUCAUCGGACCACUCAGUGCACACAUGAAUGGAUUAUUAUCGCAACCCGUUACAGGAACCGAUGACGAGCUCACUCUCAUCGAUACGAAGCGCGCAUAUCUCGCCCUAUUGAAUAACAUUUUGGUCGCGAAGCUUCAUGGUAUUUUUACUUCUGAUCGCAACAAAGGACAAGUGGAAUCUUUGCUUGCGAAUAUGCAGCGUAUCGCUGAGGAUGUCUCCGAUUCCAGUAGCCAGAAGGCAGCGUAUACGUUCUUUAGUCGCUGCGUCACCGUCUGGGCACAACCGAAUGCAAACAUGAAUAUGGAUCAAUCGAAUCUUCCUGGCUUUGAGCGCUUUGUCUAUGAGAGUUUGAUCCCCAUGGCAUUUGCACUGUUAUCUUCCCCCCACUUCAACAUUAAGGAUGGCCAGAUGGUUGUGGUCCUUCAUGAAAUCUGUAACUUCCUUCAGACGGUGUCGAAAACUCGGGGACCAGAAGCCUUCAACUUCUUUACUUCAGUAUUCCUUCCCGCCCAGAACUGGCCACCUGAAACUGCCGCCGAGUUCACGACGAAACUGAGGGAUUUGGACGGUAAAGCCUUCCGUAAAUAUUUCACGGACUUCGUACGGGCUUCACGCGCGGGUCGACCACGGGGGAAACCAAAGAUAAAAGCCAUUAAACGGCACGGACCAGACUUCUCAAUGGAAGAAACCUGGGCUAAGUUAUCGCGAAACAUCGUCGAAAUACAAAAUCACAAUGCGGCAAAUUUAUCUUACGAGGAGAAUCACCGUUUUGCAUACAACAUGGUGCUUUACAAACAUGGAGAGACCUUGUAUGAAGGCACCAAUAAAUUGAUAGCUGAGAAUCUUGACAAACUCGCGAACGAAUACAUCGUCCCAGCUUUUCCGACAGGGAACGAAGACGACGCAGUUCAGAAGGCUCAAGCAGGAGAGAUGCUGUUGAAAGCUAUGAAGAAAGUCUGGGAUGACCACACGUCUAGCUUAUCGAAGCUGCGCGAUGUUCUCAAAUACAUGGACCGCGUUUACGCUAAGACGGCACAAGUCCCAGAAAUUUGGGAUUCCGGAUUAUUCCUCUUCGUAAAGCACAUCCUUCGACCUCCAAUACAGGACCAUAUGACAUCUGCCAUUUUGACUCAAAUUCAUACCGAGCGCGAUGGGUAUGUGAUUAAUAGAUCCGCAGUCAAGGGCUGCGUGGAUGUGCUUCUACAGCUGUUUGAUGAGGAUGACAACAUCUCAGUCUAUAAGCGAGAUUUGGAACCUGCCGUCCUUAAAGAGAGCGAAAUCUUCUAUAAGAAGGAAGGUGUAUCUCUCAUAGAAACCUGUGAUGCCUCAGAUUAUCUGAGACGCACGGAGAGUCGCUUUGAUUCGGAAGAAUCUCGAGCACAUCAUUUCCUGUCAUCGCAGACUGCCUUGCCACUACGACGCAUAUUGGAGAAUAAUCUCUUAACACCUCAUUUGGCAGCCAUUAUCGCGAUGCCGAAUUCGGGUCUGGAUGCUAUGAUUGACCUUGGCAAGCUCGACGGCAUGGCCCGAUUAUAUCGUCUCUAUGCUAUGGUCCCCACCGGUAUCCCUACCCUCAAGAAAGCCCUUAGAGAGACGGUCAUACGUCGGGGGAAGGAGAUCAAUGCAGCUAGCAGCAGUUCUGAACCAGAUGAUAUCCCAGAAGAAGAGGAGGCGCAGAAGAGCGCUAAGGCAAAGGGUAAAGGCAAAGCUCGUGGUCUUAAUGCUGGCUCUCAGACCUUAGCGCUGGCACUGAAGUGGGUGGAAGAUGUACUCGCUUUAAAAGACAGAUUUGACAAGAUUUGGGCCGGGGCAUUCCAAAGCGAUCGGGACAUCGAAACAGGAACGAAUGAGGCAUUUGAGACUUUCAUCAAUCUUAAUGAGAAGACUCCUGAAUUCAUUUCGCUUUUUAUUGACGAGAAUUUGAAGAAAGGCCUCAAAGGCAAAUCAGAUGCGGAAGUUGACAUUACUUUGGACAAAACAAUUGUCGUCUUCAGGUUCUUGACAGACAAAGAUGUUUUCGAGCGCUAUUACAAGGGACACUUGGCCAAGCGUCUCUUACUCGGACGAUCUGUAUCUGAUGACGCGGAGCGUGGUAUGCUUGCGAAACUCAAGGUUGAGUGCGGGUAUCAAUUCACGCAGAAGCUGGAGGGCAUGUUCCAUGAUAUGAAGAUAUCGUCUGAUACAAUGCAAAUUGUUGUAACCAUCGUGCAGGCUCCUGAGGUUGAUAUAUCUGUUAUUGUGAUGACGUCUACCUUCUGGCCGAUGUCACACUCGACUGCUUCGUGUAAUUUUCCAGAUCUCUUAAUCAAGGCCUUCAAGUCGUUCGAACAGUUCUAUCUGUCGAAACAUUCCGGCCGAAGAUUGACAUGGCAACCUUCGUUGGGCAAUGCAGACGUUCGAGUAACAUUUAAGUCGCGAAAGCACGACUUGAACGUAUCGACGUUCGCUUUGGUGAUUCUUCUGUUGUUCGAAGACCUGCCUGAUAGCGAAUUUUUGACCUAUGAGGAAAUCAAAAGCGGUACUGCCAUCCCCGAUCAGGAAUUACAGCGUAAUCUUCAGUCGCUUGCUUGUGCAAAAUACAAGAUUCUGAAGAAACACCCGGCGGGGCGUGAUGUUAAUCCGCACGAUUCGUUCUCGUUCAAUGCGGACUUUUCUGCACCACUACAGAAAAUCAAGAUAAGCACUGUAGCAUCCCGUGUUGAGAACACGGAUGAGCGGAAGGAGACGAAGGAUCGCAUCGACGAUGAACGACGGCAUCAGACCGAGGCUUGCAUUGUCCGAAUCAUGAAGGAUCGAAAGCAUAUGACACAUAACGAACUAGUAAACGAGGUAACGCGUCAGCUAUCAAGUCGAUUCCAACCCAAUCCUUUGGCCAUCAAAAAGCGUGUCGAAGGUCUUAUUGAGCGCGAAUAUCUGGAACGAUGCGAUGAUCGUAAAUCAUAUAAUUAUGUGGUAUGUCUUAAUUUCCCUCUGUCUCCCAUUCAUAAUGAUUCAUGA